UUUCUUAUUUCCUGCUCUAUAAAUGGAUAAUAACACCACUGGGAUUUUGUCCAAACAGAGAAAAAAACCAAACACCUCUAAGUCCUAACCAUCAUGUCUCAAAGACCACUAUUUUGUUUGUGUCUCUUUGCAGUGUUUGCAGCUCCAUCCAUUUGUCUCACACCAAAGCAAGAAUCCAAAAUCAGGGGAAUGUUUGUGUUUGGGAGUUCUCUGGUUGACAAUGGGAACAACAAUUUCAUUCAAAAUUCCUUAGCCAAGGUGGAUUACUUUCCCUAUGGAAUUGAUUUUCCUCUUGGCCCUUCAGGCAGAUUUACCAAUGGCAAGAAUGUCAUUGACAUUCUGGGACAAAGAUUGAACCUUCCAACCUAUAUUCCACCCUUCAAUGAUCCCUCAACUAAGGGAAGUAAGAUUGUAAAUGGUGUCAACUAUGCUUCUGGUGGUUCUGGAAUACUUGAUAAUACUGGUGCACUUGCAGGCAAUGUGAUAGGUUUGAAUCAACAAAUCAGAAACUUUGAGGAGGUGACUCUACCAGAAUUGGGGAUGCAGCUGGGAGAGAGAAGCACAGGAAUCCUGUCUCAGUUCUUGUUUGUGGUGGGAAGUGGAGGAAAUGACUAUUCACUGAAUUACUUUCUGGGCAACAAUAAUGUCAGUGUUGAGGCUUUCACUGCCAAUUUGAUGACCACACUCUCUAACCAACUCAAGAGGUUGUACGGUUUGGGUGCUCGCAAGUUCGUGCUAAUGGCAAUCAAUCCUAAUGGUUGCAGUCCAAUGGCUACAGCCAGGGAUCCAACAAGCAACGGUUGUGUGCAAAGUUUAAAUAGAGCAGCUCAUAUGUUCAAUGCCCAAUUGAAGGACUUGGUGGUUUCUAUCAGGCCACAAAUGCCUGGUUCUAACCUUAUUUUCGUCAAUUCAUACAAAAUUAUCAGGGAUAUCAUAAGAUUUCCUAUUUCUAGAGGUUUCAACAAUGCCAGCAACUCUUGCUGUGAAGUAACCAAGAUAAGCGAAGGCGGAACUGGAAUUUUGUGCAAGAGAGGAGGGACAGUUUGCGCAAACAGGAGCGAAUAUGUGUUUUUUGAUGGCUUGCAUCCAACAGAAGCCGUAAAUGUUGUGAUUGCAGCAAAGGCUUUCGCUUCCUACCUGAAAGCUGAGGUCUACCCUUUCAAUGUCAAGAAGCUCUCAGAAAUUUAAGUUUCUUGUCUCUGUCUAUGGAGCUUCCCCUAUUUUUAUUAAUAGUGCAGUUUUAACAGUGGAUGCAAUAACUUGUUUGUAUCGUUUGAUUGGUUUAAAGAAUGGAAGUACUUUACUUUCUUCCAACUCUUUGAGCACGUGAUAUACGAACUUGGACACGCAUAAUUAGGCUUGUGCAUGAUCA